AUGUUUUCCCUCUCAAAAUCCAACUUCUCUCCUGUUAGCCUCACCCUCCCUCUGUUUCGCUGCGGCAUCCGCGAGCUCCGCCAACGAAUCCACACCGUCCAGACCACGCAAAAGAUCACUGAAGCUAUGAAGCUUGUCGCCGCUGCUACGGUUCGUCGCGCUCAGGAGGUUGUCGUCAACGACCGCCUCUUCGCCUCAAACCUCGCAGAAAUGUUGAACGACGUCACCCAGCGCCUAAAAAGCGAUGAUGUUUCCACCCCCCUCACUGAUGCCAGACCCGUCAAGACCGUCGCCCUCGUCGUUUUCACCGGCGACUACGACCUCUGCGGCAGUUUCAACAAAUGGGUAAUAAAAUGGCGAUUUCAACAAAGGAGGCUCAGGUCAUUGUUGAUGAUGUUUUCUCAUUGGUUAUGCGAAUUCUUAAGGAAAGAGAAGAGUAAGUGGCAUAAAAGAGCUCCACGGGUUUGGAUGAGUCCAAUGCGCCCAAAAUGCCCCCUUUGUGAACGAGAAAGAAGCACCAGACCUGUAAUUACACGAAACAAAAAGGAGAUUAAUUGGUUGUUCUUAUUGCUUGGUCAAAUGCUUGGUUACUGCACACUUGAGCAUCUUAAAUAUUUCUGCAAGCAUAAUGAAGUCCAUGGUACUGGUGCUAAUGAUGUUUUCUCAUUGUUUGUUGUGUACACUAGGUUUGUUUCACUGGUUAGGUUUGAACCUGUGGUUCAGACUUUGCUGCCUCUGGGAUAG